UUCCACUGCCGCAGUCACCCCAACCCUCACCCUAGCCCUCCUCGCACCCCGAAAUGGCGGCGGCCACCUCCACCUCCUCCACCGCGCUCGCCCGCCCCAAAACCCUAAACCCCGCCUCCAAAUCCGCAGCCGCCGGCUCGGUAUCCUUCCCGGCCGCCCAGCCCCCAUGCCUCCUAGCCGCCGGCCGCCGCUGCGCUGUGGCCGCCAAGGUCUCGUCGCAGCAGGUGAUCGGGACCGCCAUGCCGUCGCUGGACUUCGAGACCUCCGUCUUCAAGAAGGAGAAGGUUUCCCUAGCUGGCCAUGACGAGUAUAUUGUGAGGGGCGGGAGGAAUUUGUUCCCGUUGCUGCCUGAGGCGUUCAAGGGGAUCAAGCAGAUCGGUGUAGUCGGAUGGGGAUCUCAGGGUCCUGCACAAGCUCAGAACCUGAGAGACUCUCUUGCUGAGGCAAAGUCAGACAUCGUUGUUAAGAUUGGUCUCCGAAAAGGCUCUAAAUCUUUUGAAGAAGCACGAGCUGCUGGAUUUACUGAAGAGAGCGGGACACUUGGAGAUAUAUGGGAGACUAUCUCAAGCAGUGAUCUUUUGUUGUUGUUGAUAUCAGAUGCUGCUCAGGCGGACAACUAUGAGGAAAUUUUCUCACACAUGAAACCCAACAGUAUUCUUGGAUUGUCACAUGGAUUUCUCCUUGGACAUUUGCAAUCCGCUGGCCUUGAUUUCCCUAAAAACAUCAGUGUUGUUGCUGUGUGUCCCAAGGGAAUGGGUCCGUCAGUUAGAAGGCUUUAUGUUCAGGGGAAAGAAGUAAACGGUGCUGGUAUCAACUCCAGCUUUGCUGUACACCAGGAUGUUGAUGGAAGAGCUACAGAUGUCGCUCUUGGGUGGUCAGUUGCUCUAGGUUCUCCUUUCACAUUUGCUACUACUCUAGAGCAGGAGUACCGGAGCGAUAUUUUUGGCGAGCGAGGUAUUUUGCUUGGGGCUGUUCAUGGCAUUGUGGAGGCUCUUUUCAGGAGAUACACAGAGCAUGGGAUGGAUGAGGACUCAGCAUACAAGAACACUGUCGAGUGCAUCACUGGAAUCAUCUCUAAAACUAUUUCGAAAAAGGGGAUGCUUGAAGUGUACAAUUCAUUGACAGAAGAAGGCAAGCAGCAAUUUAUUGAGGCUUACAGUGCAGCAUAUUAUCCAUGCAUGGAUAUACUGUAUGAAUGCUAUGAAGAUGUUUCUUCUGGAAGUGAAAUUAGAAGUGUUGUUUUGGCUGGAAGGAGAUUAUAUGAAAAGGAAGGGCUUCCUGCUUUCCCGAUGGGCAACAUUGAUCAAACACGAAUGUGGAAAGUGGGUGAAAGGGUGCGUUCAACACGGCCAGCAGGUGAUCUUGGCCCAUUACAUCCUUUCACUGCUGGAGUGUAUGUUGCACUUAUGAUGGCACAGAUUGAAGUCCUUAGAAAGAAGGGCCAUUCUUACUCGGAAAUCAUCAACGAGAGUUUGAUCGAGUCUGUGGAUUCCCUGAACCCAUUCAUGCAUGCUCGUGGGGUGGCAUUCAUGGUUGAUAACUGCUCCACAACAGCCCGGUUGGGAUCAAGGAAAUGGGCGCCACGCUUUGACUACAUAUUGACCCAACAAGCUUUUGUGACUGUUGACAAAAAUGCUCCAGUUAAUCAAGACCUCAUCAGCAAUUUCUUCUCCGAUCCUGUCCAUGGUGCCAUUGAAGUGUGUGCUCAGUUGAGGCCCACCGUUGACAUUUCAGUGCCUGCUGAUGCAGACUUUGUGCGUCCGGAGCUGCGACAAUCUUCAUAAAGUUUUUGCCAACUCCCGGGGUAUCCUCAUAAACUGUCAGUAUCUGACAGUUUGAACUCUAUGUAUCACUAUUUGAGAACCUAAAAUGUGCAACUUUUUUGAGGAUUGUCGUUUGGUUUUCACUGGACUAAUACUAUUGUUGGUGUUUGGAAUGAAUAAAAGUAGUGGUUAUUAAUA